CCCUACGGUUGCUAUAGAGCGGAGAGAGAUGUCACAGGCGGCGGCGGAGACAAGUGGGUUGCUGAGGAUGGCAGAGAUAGAAGGGAGAGGGAGGGGUCUUGUGGCGUCCCAGCCACUGAGGGGCGGGCAGAUUGUCCUCAGGGACUCUCCCAUACUCCUCUACUCUGCUCUUCCGUUGAUCAACAUCAACCAAUCAUCUUUCUCUUCUUCCUCUCACUCCUCCACUUCCAACAUGUACUGCGCCAAGUGCUUCAGAAGCUUACUAUCCUCUUCUUCUUCUUCGAGUUCAGUGGUACCUUGCUCUUGUUGCUCCCAUCAUCAUAUAUUCUGUAGCCAAAAAUGCCUGUCCGCUGCGCUCACAUCGUCCCACUCUCUAUGGGUAUGCCAAGCCCUUUCUCGUCUCCGAGAUUGCCCCUCUCUCGUUCUUGAACAACCCGUGGAACGCCAGGUCCAGGCCCGUUUUCUGGUUGCCGCCUACCAUCUUGCCCUUUUCUUCCCUUCCCAAUUCCAGAUUCUGCUCUCCCUUGAGGGCUCGCCUAACGCCCCUGACACCACAGCUGCGCAAUUCCUUCAUUCCCUCAUCUCAUCCCUCUGCCCUCCUCAUCCUCCUCUUGAGGGAUUCUCGGUGGAACUCACUGCCGCAUUGCUGGCCAAGGACAAGUUCAAUGCCUUUGGGCUGAUGGAGCCUUUCUCCCCCCGUGACGAUGGCCAACGUUCCGUCCGAGCUUAUGGUAUCUACCCGAAUGCCUCCUUCUUCAACCACGACUGCCUUCCCAAUGCCUGCCGUUUCGAUUACGUCGACACCGCCCCCGACCACCACAACAACACCGACAUCAUCGUUCGCGUUGUUCAUGAUGUUCCUCAAGGCAGGGAGAUCUGCUUGAGCUAUUUUCCCGUCAACGAGAAUUAUGCCAGCAGGCAGAGGAGGUUGAUGGACUAUGGCUUCACUUGCCAUUGUGACCGCUGCGAGGUCGAAGCCAAUUGGUCCGAUCAUGAAGACGAUAAUGUUGCCGAGGAGGAAGAGGAGGAGGAGGAGAAAGACGAGCUGAUGGAUGAGGACCACCAUGACCAAAUGGCAUCCUCCCAAGGACAAGGAAAUGCUGAUUUCCCUCACGCCUAUUUUUUUAUCAGAUACAUGUGUGAUAGGGAAAAUUGCUGGGGCACUAUGGCUCCCUUGCCUCCCAAAGACGACGCUACUCCCUCUAACUUCUUGGAAUGUAAUGUAUGUGGCAACCUCAAGCAUGACCAAGUGACUGAUGCUAGUGGAGGAGAAGACGAGCUUUCCAUGGAUGACUGAGUUCUCUUCCUUCCUGCCUCUGACUGUUGGAACUGAGUCCGAUUCCAAAAGAUCUUCUUGCCCAAGCCAGUUGAAAAGGUAAUAAUAUUUUCUAAAGAAAUUGUGACAUAUACGUGCACAAUUCUCAUUUGCUUGUGUAAUUGCAGAAGAGUUGUGCCUAAACAUAUAUAGAGUUACAUAGAAGAGACUUAGAAGAAUUUUCAGGCAUCAGUUAGGAGGAAGCUUAAAACAAGUCCACAAUGUGAGAGAGGACAUAGAUCCGUAGAAAAUGAAUUUUGUCUUCUUAACAUUAAACCCGCCCCUCCGCAUAUAUUUGCUCGUUCGUUCUGGUUGUCAAUCUGCAGAAGUUGAUUGCAUGGAGGUGGAGUAGAGUGUUGCCUAUUUUCCUAUGACAGCUUGAGCACUAGUUGGUCGUCAGCGAUGGCAUCAUUUGAACAUUUACUCCACUCUUCUGUUGUUAAUAUUGUGGCGUUGGUCGUCAGCGAUGUGUCAUCCUGUUGUUAAUAUUGUGGCGUGGUCUGUUUUAGGUGGUGGCAUGGCAUGCAUAUUAAUUUAUUAAACACGCUAAAUAAUCAAUUUCCCUUGUUGCUUUGCUGAAAAGACACUUCACAAUGUAUAAUAUCCAUUUCUAUUGCCAUUGCAUUUGCGGGGAAAUUUGAAAGAACAAAUAGUGCUAUAU